AAUCAGCUAGCAAAAGUGCGAAUAGUUCGCUUCGACUUGACGGCCUCAGCGACCGUUUGCUGCCCUAUUCGAGUGACACGUGUAAAGCACCUUUACGGCCAUGUCGCGCUACUCAAGGGACGAUCCUCGUUCCAUUUUUUUCAGCGGCACUUCAACGCCCCUCCGCAGCUACGCCGGGUCGGACCUAUUCAAGUUCAAUCCGCCCAGUCCAAGCCCUGGCCCGUCCACAUCAACUGCUGCAGCAACACCACCACCUCCACCAGCAACACCUGCCUCCACCGACACGGACCCACCCAAACCCGAGCCCGUCGUCCGCAUCAUACCAAUCCUCUACCCAGCACAACCUGCCCGUCUCAUCGGUGGAACCAGCACGUACGGCAACACCCGGCCUCCACCUGAAGGUGAUGGCUCAUCCGUGAAGGGUCGACCUGACAUCAGCACCGCAACACCUCCACCGGUGCCACCAACGACUCCCAGUACCGCGGGACCGUCAACGGCCGGUAUUCUCAAAGCGGCACCACCUGCUGGACCAGCGCCCUCUAGCGGUAGCGGUCCCGGAGCGCCACGUGUGUCCUUCGAGCUGCGUCCAACACCGGUCCAGCCGAUGGCGGGUCCGAGUGGAGUGCCUGCUUCCGGGUCCGGGUCGGCACCCUCCAACGGGGUCCAUGCUCGACCUAUUCUCAAGCCUCAAGGUAGAGGAACGGGCGAGGAAGCGAGUGGGGAGCCACCAGUACCAGUCGUGACCUCCGUACUUCCUGCGGACUCUGGACCGUCCUGCCGGAUGCAGCUGGCUCUGUACGGCUGGCGCAAGAAGUGCCUGUAUGCGCUCAUCUUCAUCCUGACGGUGAUGAUCAUCGUCAACCUCGCACUCACGCUUUGGAUCAUGAAGGUGAUGGAGUUUUCCUCGAACGGCAUGGGUCAACUGAAGAUAGUGCCGGGUGGGAUUCAGCUUACGGGACAAGCGCUUGUCCUUAACACACUGCGAGCGUCCUCUAUCCGGUCGAAACACGGCCAGCCAAUCUCCGUCGAAUCCUCCCGAAACCUGAGUGUUAACACUCGAAACGCAUAUGGCGCGAUCGAGAAUCAGCUGUUCCUUGGUCAUGACCGGCUCGAAGUUCUGGCGAAUCACUUCCGCAUCACAGACACGCACGGAACCAAUCUGUUUGCUGUGGACCGAGAUGAGGUGAUCGUCGGGGCAGGAUCACUGCGUGUUGAGGGUGAAGGAGGUGUCGCCUUUCGCGAUUCCAUCCAGACACCUCUCGUGCGAGCUGACGCCGGUAAAGACCUCAGGCUCGAAUCACCAACCCGCUCACUGGAGGCCCGUGCAACUCAGGAGAUCUUCAUCCAAUCGCGAGCUGGUGGCAUCGAGACGACCUGCCUCAACGAUCUGAAGCUCCACUCGGUGGCAGGAAGCAUCCGGCUCGACUCGAGCGCCAUCUACAUGCCGAACCUGAGGACGGUGCAGACCUCUUCAACUAGUGGAGGACUUGCGGCGGCGUCACGUGGAGAGUCGGCAGCGAAGAUCUACCAGCUGUGUGCCUGCUCGAGCGGGAAGUUGUUCCUGGCAGCUCCAGGAGGUGUCUGUGCCGCCGAUGAUACUGCCAUCUGUAGGUAAUGAGCGGCCAGCGGUCCAACAAUGGACACCCAAAGAAACUCCGGAGUCUCCCGGAGAUCGCUGAGGUCGUAAAUCUUUCCAAAGAGAGACGGCAUCAGCAGCAGCAGCAGCAGCAGCAGCAGUGACGUGUUAUACUCUAGCAGAACUAUUAAUGCAUACACCUAGUGGAACGAUUAAUCUAUACUUUAGCAAUGGCAAAACCGGCGUUACAAUAGUGCAUAGGCCCAACAGCGUGUUAUCGAUAUCUCAAUCAACUCCUUGUAUUUAGCGUGUUUCGAAUUCCGAGCAACGAGGCGCGGAAAUCCGCCCCAACCCGCCGCCAAAGCCGCGUGAUAGAUAAGUGAAAUUAAAACUAUUAUACAAUCCCUCCCCUCCACCCCUUCCUUUUCCUUUGGUCCUUUCUCUUCCUCCCUUCCGCCCUCCAGCUCCCCCUCAUAUACGCGCACAUCCUAGCUGAUCGCGUACCAGUAUAAGAUACAUAUCAUAACAUAGGGCAGGCAAGGUAGCUCACCCAUCCACUCCGACGCCGGCCGGCAUUUGUUGGAAUCCCCUCUCUUCUUCCCCUAACCAUACCCCGUCCUCCUCUUCGUCCUUUUUCCCCACUUUCCCAUCAAAACAUCCGAGCAGAAGUGACAUUAACACACUAACAGAGACACACAAACACACUCGCUUCCCGUGGUUGGAUUGUGGUAAAAGGGGAAAGCGAAGCGAAUCCUUUCGCGUAUCCCGCCUCCCACCUCUGGGAGUGAAGGGAGAAAAGGCGGUGAAAGCGCCGCGGGGAGACGAAAAUAAAGCGCAGAAAAGCGAACAAGC